AUGGCCUCAGCCUGGUCCGAAGAGGAGACUUUUGUCUGCUCAGUAUGCCUGGAGACCCUAAAAGAUCCAGCAACUUUACCUUGUGGACAUUCUUAUUGUUUGGCUUGCAUCCAGAGUCACUGGGACGUUGGGAACAGCAGGGGCCAAUACAGCUGCCCCCAAUGCAGGCAGACCUUCAAGCCUCGACCUACCCUGGCAAAGAGCACACUCCUCGUGGAAGCUAUGGAGAAACUUAGGACCACCAAUCUCAAGCAAAAUCCCUCUGCGGCGGUUUCUUCUGCUCCACCGUCAGAACCUACCUACCUGGAAGUUCUCCCAGAUAUCGGACAACAGCAGCUGCGUGUCUAUCCUGAGCUUCCCACUGUGGCUGCCAGACCCUGCCCUCAACAUAACCAGCCAUUGGAUCUGUUUUGCUGUCAUGACAGGGAAUGUGUGUGUGUGCUCUGUUGUCAGCAUGGACACAAAGGGCACCGUGUGGUCAAACCUGAAGAAGAGAGGCAGAAGAGACAAGAAGAGCUCUCUCAGAUGCAGGCGGAGGUGGCAAGGCGAGCCAAGGAGACUGAGAAAAUGCUAAAAGAACUCCCGAAUUUUGCAUGUCAACAGAAGGCUUUGGUCCAGGUUCUACAACAAGAGAGACUGGAUUUAUUUUCCGACCUUGCCAAUGUCAUCACUCUCACCGGCACUCAAUUCGGUGAGCUUCUCGGCACCCAUGAGCGAUCUUCAGGCAGCAAAAUUGAGAGCCAUAUUCACAGACUUGAGCAGGAGAUGGUACAGCUUCACUGGAAGGGGGAGGAGCUAAGUAGACUGGCAGACAUGCAGGACCAUAUCAGCUUCUUAAAGAAUUUCCUCACAAUGGAGAUGGCAGAUUCAUCAGUUGGCGCACAAGAAUCAAUUCUGUGCAAAGAGGAAGCGGUGGUGGCAGAUGUUGGCUCGGUUUUAAAGGAGCUACAAGAGUCUGUUAAGGAGCUCUGCAAAUCUAGUCUUGCUAAACUUGUCGCUAUAGUGAAUGAGGACCCUGUGACCUCAAGAACGGAAGGAGCCACAGCACCCAAUAUUAUUCCAGUCAAUGGCUUUUCAUCUCUACAAAGCACAGUUUACGAGACACUUAAUCCUGCACCUUUACCUUUGCCACGACCCCAAGCGUCUGCCAAUGAAGCUUCUGCACCACCUCCACCACCCCGUCAGCCUCAAGCACCUCCUGUUACAGCAUUAGGACUUGUAAGUCCAGAACCAAUGAGUAGGGAAGAAUUGCUGAAAUUUCGCUUUGAGCCCACGAUGGACCCCAACACAGUGUAUCGCCACAUACAGCUGUCGGAUGGCGGUCGUAAGGCCAGACUGCGGACAGAGAACCUGAAUCCAGUGGACCACCCGGAUCGCUUCCUCUACUGGCGACAGCUUCUCUGCAGCGAACCACUUGGAGGUAGCCCAUACUACUGGGAGGUGAAGUGGACUGGCCCAAAGAUUACCAUUGGAGUGGCGUACAAAGACAUGGAGCGACAGUCUUCUGAUGACAAAAGCCGUUUGGGCCACAAUCCCCUUUCCUGGAGCUUGUAUUGGUCUGGGACCGGUUUCUCCUUCUGGCACAAUAACCAGGAAAAACUUCUGGGUUCACCUAAAGGCAGACGGAUUGGAACCUAUCUGGACCAGCAUGCGGGCAUUUUGGCUUUUUACUGUAUCGUCAACGACGAGGCUCAGCUCAUCCACAGACAUGUGACCCAGUUCAGUGGGCCACUGUACCCAGGGUUCCGGUUCUGGAGUGCAGCUGGUGCUACUGUAAAAAUCUGCCAGUUGGAUUGAAAUCUAAAUAUAAUCAAUGCAUUAAUAUAACUGUAACUUGGUUGUAUUUGCAAGAUGACCCCCCCCCCCACUAUUGUGUCCUAAUUAUUAACACAAAUGAAAAUGAACAUUAAAAAAAUCAAUUCAUCACGUA